AGGUGCGAUCGGCAGUGACAAGCUGGCAGCCCAGACAUUGCCGCACGGGCUGCUCCAGGCGUUCUCUGCCCGGCAACUUUUGUCACUGCCAUAGAGAAGGAUGGCUGUGAGGUCCAGGAGACCGUGGAUGAGUGUGGUGGUGGGAUUAAUCCUGGGAUUUACAGCCGCCUCUUGGCUGAUCGCCCCCAAAGUAGCCGAGAUGAGCGAGAAGAAGAGAAGGUCCAACGUGUGCUCGUACUACAGCCGAGGGGGGGAACCCCGGCAUGACAGGGGCUCGCUGCCAAACACCAGUCCGCCCGCUGGACCCCAAGUGCCAGAAGAGCACAAGACAAAGAAGGAGGGCAAGAGCGGCACGACCAGUGCCAAUGGGACCAGCAGGCACGGGGGGACCCACAACGGCAGCGGGGAUUGGGGUCCCCCAGAGGAGACCCCCAGGAAUUUCCUCUACGUCGGGGUGAUGACCGCCAAGAAGUACCUGGAUACCAGGGCAGUGGCUGCCUACCGGACCUGGGCUCCUUACAUCCCGGGCAAAGUGGAGUUCUUCUCCAGCCAGGGCUCCGAGGACAUCCAGCUGCCAGAAGCCGUGCCAGUCAUUGCCCUGCCCGGGGUAGAUGACUCGUACCCCCCGCAGAAGAAAUCCUUCAUGAUGAUCAAGCACAUGCAUGACAACUACCUGGAUAAAUAUGAGUGGUUUAUGAGAGCUGAUGACGAUGUGUACAUCAAAGGUGAGAAACUGGAGGAAUUUCUGCGCUCUCUAAACAGCAGCAAGCCCCUUUAUUUGGGACAGACAGGACUGGGGAACAUUGAAGAACUUGGAAAACUUGGACUUGAACCUGGAGAAAACUUCUGCAUGGGAGGUCCGGGAAUGAUCUUCAGCCGAGAGGUGUUGCGAAGAAUGGUCCCACACAUUGGUGAAUGUCUACGUGAGAUGUAUACUACACACGAGGAUGUGGAAGUGGGAAGAUGUGUGCGCCGCUUUGGUGGAACACAGUGCGUCUGGUCCUAUGAGAUGCAGCAACUAUUCCAUGAAAAUUAUGAACACAACCGAAAAGGUUAUAUUCAAGAUUUGCACAACAGCAAAAUUCAUACAGCUAUAACAUUGCACCCUAAUAAAAGACCAGCAUACCAGUACCGACUGCAUAAUUAUAUACUGAGCCGGAAGAUUUCAGAACUACGCUUUCACACUAUCCAGCUUCACAGGGAAAGUGUUGUGAUGAGCAAGCUCAGUAACACAGAGAUAAGCAAACUAGACCAGCAGCUUGGUAUGAUGCCAUCUUUCAACAGAUUUCAGCCACGGGAAAGAAGUGAAGUAAUUGAAUGGGAGUUUCUCACAGGAAAACAUCUUUAUUCAAUGUCUGCAAAUGCUCCACCAUGCCAGAGUCUAAAUAACCUUCUCAAGGUGUCUUUGGAUGACACAGUGAUGCAAGUCAUGGAAAUGAUCAAUGAGAACUCCAAAUCAAGAGGAAGGUUAAUUGAUUUCAAAGAAAUCCAGUAUGGAUACCGGAGGAUCCAUCCCAUGUAUGGAGUAGAAUAUAUAUUAGAUUUGUUGCUGUUAUAUAAAAGGCAUAAAGGUAGAAAGCUAACCGUUCCAGUAAGAAGGCAUGCUUACCUACAGCAAUCAUUCAGUAAGCCAUUUUUCAAAGAGGAAGAAGAGUUGGAUGUGCAGAGCUUUCUCCAGAGCAUCAAUAGUGAUACUCAGUCCUUUUCAUUUUUUUCCAAUUCCUUGAAAAUGUUUUCUGCCCUUCACGUGACUAAAGAAAUGAAAGAAAACAUUAACAAAAAAAUACAUUUUCUUGUCCCGCUUACAGGAAGGUAUGAUAUCUUCAUAAGAUUUAUGGAAAACUAUGAGAAAGUCUGUCUGAUUCCAAAGCAGAAUGUGAAGCUGCUGAUUAUUUUAUUUAACUCUGAAAAAGACUCAGACUCCAAUAAGCACAUGGAACUCAUAGCGGAAUACCAAACUAAGUACCCACAAGCAGAAAUGUCCAUCAUGGCAAUGUCUGGACCCUUUUCUAGGGGGUUGAGCCUCGAAAAGGGCUCAGCUCAGUAUGACAAUGACACACUGCUGCUGUUUUGUGAUGUAGAUUUAAUCUUCACAUCAGAUUUUCUACAGAGAUGCCGGGACAACACUGUUCAAGGACAGCAAGUAUAUUACCCAAUUGUAUUCAGUCAAUAUGAUCCAAAAGUAGUCUAUGGAGGAAAUCCUCCCACAGACAGCAACUUUGUUUUUACAAAGAAAACCGGCUUUUGGAGGGACUACGGUUUUGGUAUUACCUGUAUUUAUAAAAGUGAUCUGCUGGAAAUUGGCGGAUUUGAUACCUCUAUUCAAGGUUGGGGAUUAGAAGAUGUGGAUCUCUUUACUAAGGUUCUGUCUUCAGGGCUGAAGGCCUUUCGGAGUCAAGAAACAGGAGUAGUUCACGUGUUUCAUCCUGUCCAAUGUGACCCAAAUUUAAACCCUAAACAAUAUAAAAUGUGCUUGGGUUCUAAAGCAAGUACAUUUGCAUCUGCUGCUCAAUUAGCAGAAAUAUGGUUAGAGAAACAUUUAGGUUUUGGCUAUAACCGAACUCACUCCUGACAUGCCAACUCUGAUGCUAGGGGGAGUUUACCUUAAAACAGGACAAGAUGGUUUAAAAACUCCUCUGUGUCUUCCAAAGGAUAUCUUCUGUUUUUACAGGCAAAUAAACCCUACUGAUGACCAGUCUUUUUAAAUCCCUACUGAAGAUGAGUUCACUGUUUCCCAUGUGUGUAUUUUGGAUGUGAGCUAUGAUUAAUAUGGUCUUA